UGUAAAGUUACUCAUACCGAGGCUAGCUGUUAGCUGUUAGCUCGAGCUGCUUCAACUCACCUGUUCAUGUCCAUAUUCACCUGCCAGGAAGACUAAAGUCUGCGCCAGCUGAGAUGCCGAGAGGAGGGAGGAAAGGAGGACACAAAGGUCGCAUGCGGACCUACACGAGUCCGGAGGAGAUCGACGCUCAGAUGAAGGAGGAGAAGGAGAGGAAGGAGCAUGAACAGGAGCAGGAGGAGGCGGGAGCUGCUCAGAUGGACCAAUCAGAGGAGAAGCUUCCAGCAUCCAGUUCAGACAAUAGUGACGAUGAAGACUCAGCGAGGAGGAGAGGCGGUGUGGAGGGUUUGAUAGAAAUCGAGAACCCGAACAGAGUCGCUCAGAAGUCCAAGAAGGUGGCGCAGAUCGAGGUGGACGAGCCCAAACAGUUAUCAAGGAGAGAGAGAGAGGAGAUCGAGAAACAGAAGGCGAAGGAGCGUUACAUGAAGAUGCACUUAGCGGGGAAGACGGAUCAGGCGAAAGCCGACCUUGCUCGUCUCGCCAUCAUCAGGAAACAGAGAGAGGAGGCGGCGAGGAAGAAAGAGGAGGACAAAAAAGCUAAAGACGCAGCCUCAGCCCAAGGAAAAAACUUGCACAUACUGAAAUGAUGCAGACGACAGAAGCAGACGACAGACGACCAACGCAGACGACAGAAACAGACGACAGAUGACAGAAACAGACGCA